CUCCCUCUCUCUCUAUAUAUCCUCUUCCCUUUCUCAAUCAUCGCCUCACUCGCCAUUUCUCUUAUUCUUUCUCCUACAUUACAAGAAAGAAGAUCACAUGGCAACACCACAAGAGUCAUAUUUGGACGCCAUUGCUAACUUGACCAAGCUUCUCAGUGAGAAAGCUGACUUGGCAGUGAUCGGCACCACAAAGAUCAAGCAGUUGACGGCGGAGCUAGAGGCGGCCCGCGACAAGCCGUUUAACGCGGACCUUAGGAUCAAAAUCGGCUUCCAGAAUUUCAAGCUAGAAAAGUUCGAGAAGAAUCCAGACUUAUUCAAGGAACUUGCAAAAGGGCAGAGUCCAAAGUUUAUGGUAUUUGCAUGCUCAGACUCAAGAGUAUGCCCGUCUCAUGUUCUGGAUUUCCAACCUGGUGAAGCCUUUGUCGUCAGAAACAUCGCCAACAUGGUCCCACCUUAUGACAAGAUAAAGUAUGCAGGAGCUGGAGCAGCCAUUGAAUACGCUGUCUUACACUUGAAGGUGGAGAAUAUUGUGGUGAUAGGACAUAGCUGUUGUGGGGGGAUAAAAGGGCUCAUGUCUAUCCCUGACGAUGGGACCACUUCUUCUGAAUUCAUAGAGCAAUGGGUGCAAAUCUGUAAUACAGCAAGGUCCAGAAUCAAAUCAGAUACAAGCGGCUUAAGUUUCUCGGACCAGUGCACCAACUGUGAGAAGGAAGCAGUGAAUGUAUCGCUUGGAAACUUGCUGACGUAUCCAUUUGUGAGAGAAGGGCUUUUGAAGAGAACACUGAGUGUGAAAGGUGCUCAUUACGAUUUCAUUAAGGGAACUUUUGAGCUCUGGGAUCUCAACUUCAACGUUUCAUCUUCUCUCUCUGUCUGACUCUCGGACUAGCUUCCUCUCAGGCUCCAACAACACCUUCAUUUUCACUGCUUGGCUUCGCCUUACUGUUUUUUUUCUGCACUUAUGUCUCAGAGGAUCAGGAUUCCGUGCAUGGGGAGCCGCGUGCAAGGAUACUAAACGACGCCGUUUCUGGGCGCUCAAAAUGCCGAAAAAGCGACGUUGUUUCAUCUCUGCGCACGUCACUCAUGACGCAAUGGAUCUGGUUCUGUGUUUCAGAUCUUGUAGUUUAACUUGUAAACCACCCGAACAACAUAUCGGCCACAAUAAUGUUGAUUAAUAAGUUAUAUAUAUAUUUUCAUCCAUAUUUUAAAUAAUCACUUCUAAAUUAUGAUGUAUGCAUAUUUAUUCUUGUCGUCUUUUUCUUUUAUUCAAAUGGCCUGGUUCAACAUUUAUCCUUCUUGAUUAUGUGGUCUCCAAUUCGAGUCUCAAAAAUGAAGAACAUUAAGGGAAGAUUAUGAUAUAGGUCCCUAUAAUUA